UGAAAAUAAUAUUGGCGAAGCCGGCGCGGGCUGAGUGUGGCCUGCUAGGGGCUGUUAGUACUCACCGCCAAACUAUACACGUCCACUAACAGCCGCUGCGACACCGGCGCAAGAGUCAGAUGCGGGCGGCGUGGUCCGUGCGCCGAGCGAGAACGGCGACCGACAGCCAAUUCUUCAGGAUCCGUCCCCCACACAAACGUGAACCUACAUAGCCGGACGGACACGACUUUCCUGCGUGCCGUGCAGUUCUCGAUCCUGAGCAAAGCAGAGCCAGAGCAGAGCAGAACGCCUCCCUCAAUUGCCUCUCCCCUUCCCCUCCUCCUGUUGCAUCUUUGCCUCGCUCACUCGAUUGCUGCAUCCACGAGGCAUCUCCCAUCAUCUACGAAAAGGCCACCCGGCCGUCCUGUUCCUCCCUCUCUCGACAGAAGCACACCGCUACCAUCAUGCUCCGAAGUCGCCCGGCCUCGAAAGCCCUGAGGGCUCUGCAGUCGAGGCAGUUCACCACCAAGACGACGGCCGCUGCGGCCAUUCAGCCCACCAAGAAGACGCCUGCGUCGACGAGGCAACAGACCACGACAGCUGCUCCCCAGGUCCGCGACAUCCCCUCGUCGGGGUUCAACACGGCCGACAAGGACCGCAGCCAUGUCCAGCCUCUCGUCAACCCUCGCCAGCCCGAGAUGGACGAGUCGUUCAUCGGCAAGACGGGCGGUGAGAUCUUCCACGAGAUGAUGAUGCGGCACAAUGUUCGCCACAUCUUUGGCUACCCCGGCGGCGCCAUCCUCCCCGUCUUCGACGCCAUCUACAACUCGAAACACUUUGACUUCAUCCUGCCCCGUCACGAGCAGGGUGCCGGCCACAUGGCCGAGGGCUACGCGCGUGCCUGUGGCAAGCCCGGCGUCGUCCUGGUCACCUCGGGCCCCGGCGCCACCAACGUCGUGACGGCCAUGCAGGACGCCUACUCGGACGGCACCCCCAUGGUCGUCUUCACCGGCCAGGUCGUCACCACCGCCAUUGGCAGCGACGCCUUCCAGGAGGCCGACGUUGUCGGCAUCUCGCGCGCCUGCACCAAGUGGAACGUCAUGUGCAAGUCGGUGGCCGAGAUGCCCCGUCGCAUCAACGAGGCCUUUGAGAUUGCCACCUCUGGCCGACCCGGCCCCGUCCUCGUCGACCUGCCCAAGGACGUCACCGCCGGUGUCCUGCGUCGUGCCAUCCCGACCGAGACCUCGCUGCCCAACCUCCCCAGCGCGGCGGCCCGCGCCGCCGCCGAGGUGCGCAGACAGGAGAUGCGCAACUCGCUGAAGCGCGUGGCCAAGCUGCUCAAGGUCGCCAAGCAGCCCGUCAUCUACGCCGGCCAGGGCAUCAUCCUCUCCGAGGGCGGACCCGAGGCCCUCCGGGAGCUGGCCGAGACGGCCUCCAUCCCCGUGACCACCACCCUGCAGGGUCUGGGCUCCUUUGACGAGCUGGACGAAAAGUCCCUGCACAUGCUGGGCAUGCACGGCUCGGCGUACGCCAACAUGGCCAUGCAGCAGGCCGACCUGAUCAUCGCCCUCGGCGCCCGCUUCGACGACCGCGUGACGCUCAACGUAGCCAAGUUCGCGCCCGGCGCCAAGGCGGCCGCGGCCGAGGGACGUGGUGGCAUUGUGCACUUUGAGAUUAUGCCUAAGAACAUCAACAAGGUCGUGCAGGCCACUGAGGCCGUCGAGGGCGACGUCGCCAGCAACGUGCGCGACCUGCUGCCCCUGGUCGAGCCCCGCUCGAUGGAGAGCCGCAAGGAGUGGUUCGGCAAGAUCAACGAGUGGAAGGCCAAGUGGCCGCUGUCGCACUACGAGCGCGCCGAGCGCGGCGAGCUCAUCAAGCCACAGACCCUCAUCGAGGAGCUCAGCAACCUCACCGCGGACCGCAAGGACACGACGUACAUCACCACAGGUGUCGGCCAGCACCAGAUGUGGACGGCGCAGCAUUUCCGCUGGCGCCAUCCCCGCACCAUGAUCACCUCGGGCGGUCUGGGCACCAUGGGCUUUGGUCUGCCGGCCGCCAUUGGCGCCAAGGUGGCCCAGCCCGAUGCCCUGGUGAUCGACAUUGACGGCGACGCGUCGUUCGGCAUGACCCUGACGGAGCUCUCGACGGCGGCCCAGUUCAACAUUGGCGUCAAGGUCAUUGUGCUGAACAAUGAGGAGCAGGGCAUGGUGACGCAGUGGCAGAACCUCUUCUACGAGGACCGCUACGCGCACACGCACCAGGCCAACCCCAACUUUGUCAAGCUCGCCGAGGCCAUGCACGUGCAGGCCCGGCAGGUGUCCAAGCCCGAGGACGUCAAGGAGGCGCUGAAGUGGCUGAUCAACACGGACGGCCCGGCUCUGCUGGAGGUCGUGACGGACAAGAAGGUGCCCGUCCUGCCCAUGGUGCCGACGGGUGCUGGCCUGCACGAGUUUUUGGUGUGGGAUGGCGAGAAGGACAAGAAGCGCCGAGAGCUCAUGAGGCAAAGAACGAAUAACCUGCACGGUUAAGGGGAGAGGAGGCUGCACAGACGGAGGGGGGAUGUUUCUUGUGAUAUACCAUUUUUUGAUUGUUUGUACGUCGUGUGGCGUGUUUUGAAGCGCGAAAAGUCAUCUAGGCGUUUUAAGAGAUUGAUGGGCUCAGUUCCGGUUGAAUUGGUCCAAGUGUUGA